CGGCCCGCCCGCCGGCCUGCGUCAGAGCCGGAGUUUUCCACUGACGGAGGCAGUAGGAGGAGGAGGAGCCGCCGCGGGGGCCGGAGCGCGCAGCUGAGCGGCGGGCCGGGCGGGCAGACGGGCAGACGCGCGGGGAGGCGGGGAAGGAGAGCCACGGGCAGAGCACAGCCGAGCCGAACCGAGCCUGCCGAGCCUGAGCCCGAGCCCGAGCCUGAGCCCGAGCAGCCGCCGCCGCGCCCGACCCGGGGAUGCGCAGCUGAGCCCGGCCCGUCCAGCCCCGCGUCGACCAUUGCCGCCGCCUACGAGCAGCGAUCCGGGAUUGCAGCAGGCACUGGAGCCAUGAUGAGCGGGCUUCUGAAGAGGAAGUUUGACCAGCUGGAUGAGGAUACCUCUGCCUCCUCAGUCUCAUCCUCCUACUCGCGCUCUUGUUCGCCAACCUCGUCCUCGGAGUCCUCAGGCUGGGACUCAGAUGAGGAAUUCCGCCCGGCUGACUCGGUGCCCCGAGACCUCGUCGCUCCAUCCAUCCUCAAGAAGAGCAGGCGCUCUCCAUCCAGAAGGGUGGCCUUUGCCGGGGUCACCGUCUUCUACUUCCCCAGAUGCCAGGGCUUUACCAGCGUGCCCAGCCGAGGGGGCUGCACCCUGGGCAUGGUGAGACGGCACAACUCCUGCUGCCACUUCACCCUGGAAGGGUUUGCCCAAGAGCAGGCCCGCUCACGCAAGGAGAAGCUCCGGAUGAGACUGAGGGAGGAGAAACUGGAGGCCCUAAAGUGGAAGCUGAAGGCCAGUGGGAUGCAGGAGUCAGAGGAGAUGCACCAGCUGCCCACGGAGGAGGCUGACGUGGAGGUGACUGAGGAGGAGCUGGAAGGUGGGGCCUUCCUGCAGCCCUACUCGGCCCGCCAGCGGCGCAGACUGCUCCGGGCCAUGGGUGUGCGGCGCAUCGACCGUGAAGAAAAGCAGGAGUUGCAGGCGAUUCGCCUCUCCCGAGAGGACUGUGGCUGCAAGUGCCAGGACGUGUGUGACCCCGAGACCUGCAGCUGCAGCUUGGCUGGGAUCAAAUGCCAGAUGGAUCAUACGUCCUUCCCCUGUGGUUGUACCAAGGGUGGCUGUGGCAACCCGGAGGGCAGAGUGGAGUUUAACCAGGCCCGGGUGCAGACCCACUCCCUCCACACCCUCACCAGGCUGGAACUUGAGAGCCAGCAGGAGGGCCUGGGUUCCGAUGCCCAGCUCCUGCUGCGGGGCAGCUGUGACACUGACUUGGAUUGUCUGGAGGGCGAGGACGGACCCCUGGGGCCUCCCCCCCCCACCCCAACCUUCUCAUUCCCCCUGGACAUGGAGAUUCUGGGCGAGAGCAGCUGCUGCAGCGACAUGACCGACUCCUCGGCCUCCUCGGACCCCUCCGAGGGGACGCCCAAGCCGCCAUUGGAACUGGACGAUGACGGCCUGGCCCGGAUCCUGCAUUUCAGCGAUUGUACCUCCCUGGAGGAGGGGGGCGUCCCCCUGGGCACUCCCCACGGCCAGGACAAGCUCGGCGGCUUCCACUCCACGGACCUCUUCGGCAUGGCGGCCGACAGCUACCCCAGCCACAUGGGCAGUGUCGUCUCUGACUGCCUGGAUGAGAACGCCAACCAGGACGCCCUGGGCUACCUGAGCGGCCUCCCUGCCCGGCCAGCCCAGGGCGCCGGCUCCUGCUGUCCCCUCCCUCCCUCCGCAGACCUGAGCCUGUCAUCCUCCGACUCCCUGGAUCUCUUCCAGCCCUUCUCCGACUACAGCCUGGGCCCUUUCUACCCCUCCCCCAAGGCCUCGGAGAGCGGGGACGCCCUGUCGGUGCCGCAGUCUGCCUUCUCGCCCACCGGCGACCCCACCGCCUGCUUUCUGGAGUCCCUCAUUGGUCUGUCGGAGUCAGCCCCAGAGAUGCCCGCCCCCUUUGCAGACAACCAGUUGCUGGAGGACGCCAUCAAGUCAUCCCUCAUGGAGAUGGUGAAGGUCUGAGGGCCCGAGGGGGCCGGGACCACCGAGGGGGACGUCGUCGUCGUCACUCAGGGACUAGCGGAGUUCUGUCGGAGCGUCUGUAGCCCGGGCAGGCGGUCAGUGCCCAAGUCCCUACAGGCUGUUGGGCCGAUCCUGCCAGGUCAUCGAGGCUGACCUCUUACCUAUUUACUAUUUAUUGCAAACUGAAGGGACGGGAGUGGUCACCAGAGCCUAAAAUAAUAGGUCUUAUUUAAACUGAUCCUACGUACCUCGGAUGUAUUAGGGGACAGCACGGUCCCGUUAUUUUUGUAUUAUGAUACAUCUGUAUUUAUUGUCUUUUCUCAUGCUCUGUGCGAGGAGAGCGUUGGAGGUUUUUGGCAUGAACUGAAAGGUAUAGGAGCCCUGCCCGCCCCCAACCUCUAAGAGGCCCUUGCCUGAGACUGUGCCUUCUCACUCCUCUCCGCCCAGUGAUUUUUAGGCCUUUGAUUUCGUUAAACACUUUGGUCAGCUUUGCCCCCAACAUUCUUAAGAUAGAGACUGAGAAACCCCGGGGCCGAAUCAGCCACUUGUCCGGGCAGACCCCCGGCCAUCUGUGACCGAAGCCACCUGCACGUUCUGGGGUCUGUGUGCACCACCGGGUUGGCUGAAGGUCGACCGAAUAAAGCUGUACAAAGACUUUGUAAGUUAUUUCCUGUAAUUUAUUUGGACAUCGAUGAGGAUUCAGCCCUGGGCCCCGAGGUGAUCGGGGCUUGUGGGAGUCUACCUGUCUUACCAUCUGCUGUGGAGCGCCCAAGGCAGUCUGGAGAAUCCAGACUCUGGAGGACAUCUCUGGUGGGGGCCUCUGGGUCCCUGGGGCUGGGCCGCUCGGCCUUGGAGGGCAGUAUGGGUGUACAUGUGCUUCAUGCAUGCGCUUGUAUGUUCUGAUGAGAGUCUGGCCUCUGUUGUGGCCAGGGGUGAAUAGGGAGGGGGUUGGGGUCACGGCCCUCCCGGGGCAAUGGGUGUUACCUAUAUGUCAAACUGAUCCUCCUCGACUCCCUCUGCCCCCAGAUCACCUCCACAACUGAGCAAGAAAUCAUUGCUGAGUUAGCCAUGGGAGACCCUUUCCAGGCCCGUGGUCCCCUUCCCACUGAGCCCCUUGGGCCUUGAACCCAAGUCCUGUUUCCCAAGAAUCUUUUUCUCUGUCCUUCCCUUGGGCCACCUGUGACAUGCCAAGAGGGAGGAGGAGAGUAUGUGGACAAGUCACUGACCCAUGCAUGUGUUGGCCAUCCUAGGUUGGUGACGGGCCUGGCCCUCCCCGGCUAGCCCUUUAAAGUGAACCAUCAGACACCCCCCAUUCCCCCCAAUGGAUUUUAUAUGAUCUCCCAAAUGUGGCUCCAGGCUGCGGCUCAUUCCUUGUGUUUGCCAAACAUUGAUGUUCCCUCCCUUGGCCGGUCAGCGAUAGAUGGAAUGGGAGUUCUCCGAACCUACCCCACAGGGGUUCUUAGGUAUCAGUACCACUUGGGUUCAGCUGCCUUCCUGUAUAUGCCAUGAGUAUUUUGCCUAAAGGUACAAGUAAAGAAAAUACUUUAUUUUUAA